CUCCUUUGAACAUGGAAAACGUAGUAUUCAAUUUGGCCUCAAAUUUGUUGGAAACCACAUCGGCAAAUGAUUUGUGAAGCCAAGGAUUGGUCGUUGAUAUGGGUAACCUUACUCACAACCGAAGGAAGGAGAUUGGGAAGAAUCAUCCUUCUUCACGCAAAGGUAAACGACAUAUUGGGUCUUCUUCUCAAAGUCGAGAUGAUUUUGAAACAUAUUACCAACGGAGAGAUGAGGAUGCGAUGUCCGACGAGCAACUACAACAACUAUUGGAGCAACAUAAUGGGCAUUUUUUCCAACAACAAGACAUCCCGACCAUUGACGAAGAAGAGCUUGAGGAUGAGGAUGCGGAGGAGGACGAUCCGACGGCCAAAGACGAGGGUGACGGCACCCCGCACGAUGACACCCACAUCGACGAGCCUUCUUCAUCCCAACCCGGUAAGAAAAACAGUAAAUCUGAACGUAUGCUAAAUAAUUUUGAUAAGUGGAAGGACCCGGAGACCAAGAUUUGGUACGCAACUUGCAAGUGGUGCAAGAAAAAUAUUAGCUUGGGACUUUCACAAGGAUACAGGACCGCCGCAAGGCAUCUUAAGGCAAAACACGCCGUGGAGUAUGUGAAAUUGGGCAAGGGCAAGGGUAAGCAAACUCAAAUAUCGAGGUUUGCAAAUAGCCAACCCUUUGGAAAUUUUUCAUAUGAUGAUUCCAAACAUUUGAGUGGUAUGUCUAACUUAAUUGUUGAAGAAAAUUUUCCUUUUAUUUUUUCGCAAGUCUUGCUUUAAGAGAUUAUGCUCAAGGUACUUUAAAUCCUCAAUUUAGAAAUUAUAGUCGCAAAACGAUUAAAAAAGAAGUUAUAAGACUUUAUGGUUUUGAAAAGGCUCAAUUACAAAACAAUUUCACAAACUUUGAUGGCCGCACUACAAGAAAAUUGACCUUUUGCGACGAAUAAUUUGCGACCGACUAUGAAUAUGGUCGCAAUAGAUAUACUAAUAACGACCAAAUUUUAUAUGGUCGCAAAUGAUUAAUUUUUUCGGGACCAUUUUAAUUUCCGUUCGCUACUUCUCUAAUUUCCCGUCCCUAAAAGUUUUGUUUAGGCGGGUGGCGGUCAAUCCAAAAAAGAGCUCUAACUUUUUAUUUUCUAGGGAGUACUUUUCUUUGUUUUUCCUUUAAUUAAAAAAUUGAAAAACAAACCCUGGAGCCCAUCUGCGACUUAGCCUCACGAUUGCAAUCAUACCCUAGCUUCGUACCAUUCUUCUUCUCAACUUGGCCGCUCCUCAAUCAACUCUCCGAGAAACAUCAUCGCUCGUUCGCGGUUUUUCUUCUGCAAUUCUUUCGUCUUCGCUGCAAUACUUCAAUUCACGAAUUGGAGAAGAACAAAUCCAGACUAUCACAAACGCCGACUACUGGUCUGCCUUCAUAGUAGCCACUUUCCUCGUUUUUGGAAGGGGAAGGAAUUAAAACGAAGAUUAUUCAAAUAGGAAGAAGACGAAGGAAACCUAGCAGCUAACCAGGUUUCGGAACAGCCACGAUUGUUCUACUCUUGUCGUUUCGUUUCUAUCACUAAAAUUUGUCAAAAUUUCAGUUAAAAUUCAACGGAAGAAGCUGCUCGCAGGUUCAAAUGUCUAUUACUUGGGUGCUCCCCGAAGUAACUUGGCCGCUCCCCAAACAGAAAGCCACAUCAAGUUGUCAAGGUAAACACAUUUUCCCAUCACUAUUUUAGCAAUAAUCUUAUGAAAGUGCUGCAGACAGUUCUUAUUAUCUAAUUUUUGAAACUUAUUUGUUCUCAUUUCAACUAGUUUUGUUCAUUGUAUGAGAAAUUUGAUUGUUCAUUUUUCUAUUCUGAUUUUAAUGUGUUAUGCAAGUGAAUUGGUACAGUUUUGGUUUUGAUGUUGUUAUUUGGGCUCUUUUGAUUACAUAUUGGUACCCCCUUUAAUGAUUUCUCUGCUUUUUCUGGACUACACUGUUUGGCUAUUUCUCAGAUUUUUCAUUUCCGUUUGGUUCGAAAUCAUACUGAAACAAUAACAGGAGAAUUUACACACAAAAAUAACAAUAAAAAUUACGCAAAACAAGAGUAUGUAUGCAAGAAAAAAAAGAGGGCAUAUACGAGUUGUGGGCUUAUUCAGUAGACUGCUUCCUGACUUUUUGUCCAGGGAGGAAGCUUUCGAGGCUAUUGAUCUUAACAAGGUGCCACUUCAGUUCUUUAUUAAAGUCUUGCUCUAGAUCAAACUAAAUUCACAUAGAUAAAAACGCAUACAUAGUUAAUGAGCACUAUUCUGUACUAAAUUGCUGCUUAUGUUAAUUAUGAAGUACUUAAUUCUUCUUUCAAUGUUAAUCUGUAAUGGGUAAAAUCACUAAUUUAAGAUGUUUCUCAAUUUACAAUUUAAUCAUUUCAAUUUAAUCGUUCUCUAUGUUAUUUCAGAGUGUUGAUCUGUUUAGUUUCAUAGUUGCAUUUCCAGUCUGCCAAUCAGAAAAUCUGAGCUUUCCCCCGUUCAGGAUAUGCAUCUUUUAAGAAAACCAAUAUGAUAGCUUUGAGAUCGAUUGGGGUUCGAACAUCGGAAUAAGCUGGAGUGUUGUAUAUAUCAGUGUGAUUCCAUUUCAAGAAUAAUCAUAUAGUCUUCAAUGAGCUGGAUUAUACUUUUCACAUUUAAGCUGAUUUCAUAACAAGUUAAUAUUUGAGCUGCACUGAUUUUCUUUCCUUGCUUGAUAUAAAUUUCAGAGUAAUACUCUGAGGUGUUAGGAUUAAGUGGAAGGCCGGUCAACUUUGGAAAAUCAUCACCUAUACCACAUUCCAUUCAAACAAGCGGAAAUCAUACACAAGCUUGGUGCAACAAACGUCUGAGUUUAUAUUGGAUGAUGAAAUUCUUAAGAGAGUCGAUUCACACAUGUUGAUGUUAAUUGUUAAGGUUGCUAUUGCAGAUAGCUCAGGUCAUUUUUAUGUAAUAUUGACGUCAACGGGGUUACGGGGCUGCUGCAUGAAGAUGAAUUACCUCAUGCUUUGCAAUAUACAGACUAUGGAGUAUAUGAUCCUGAAAAGAUUAAAGAAAUGUUGUAUAUAUCAAGAAAACAAAGAUGGGUGGAUCAUUCCCAGUCAUCACGUGUGAAAAGUGAAAAGAUGAGACGCUAGCUACUUGUUUUAACUAUUUUAGUAGAUUAGAUGAAUAGAUGAUGUAGUUGAUGAUUAAAUACUUUUUGUAUCAUUGAUUUAGAACCAAAAGUUAAAUAAUUAUAUGCAAAUAAG